AUGGACAAAUACGACGAUGAAGAGCAAUUCAACCACAAUAACAUGCGUGAUAGUCCAAUAAUGAUUGGUAAAGAGUACAAGGCAAUCUCACUUAGGCGCAACCAGCUCAAAGAGAUACCUAAAGAUGUCUGUGACACCGUAGAGUAUCUGGAUGUCUCAGAUAACCUGAUAGGAAAUGUGGAUGUAUCCAGGUUUAGUGGAAUUGACGUACUGGAUUUGGGAUACAACCUAUUGAAACACUUUGAUAGCAUCACAAACCCAACAAUAACCGAGUUGUAUUUGAUGGCAAAUGAUAUUUCGGUAAUACCACCAAGCAUAAAGGACUUACAUAAAUUGAAGAAGUUUGACAUAGCAAACAACAGGCUCAAGGAGAUCGAGAACCUGAAGGAUCUUCCUGAAUCAAUUGAAGAACUGUUUAUUGGUGCAAACGGUCUGAAAUGGUUUGAAGUGGAUUUGAGGAGCAAAACCAAAUUGAAGUUGGUGGAUUUGCAGUAUAACAAGCUGACGGAGUUUGACUGUGAUUUACUACCAGAUUCGGUCGAGACUCUCUUGUUGAACAAUAAUACUGGCCUGAAAGUUGUGAAGAAUAUCAGAAAGUUCAAAAUGUUGGAUUUGAGUGAUACUCAGGUGGAAACCCGCUAUGAAAAAUGA